AUUGGUAUGAUUACGAUGAAGUCGAUCACGGCGGUUAUUGUUUUGACGCUAACGCUCUUGGCUCUCGGCGGCCAGGGCAAGCAUGUGGAGUCCAAGGUGGCCGACAAGGAUUUCCUGAUGAAGCAGAUGUUCGUCUUUGAGAUGCUGGAGCAUAUCUAUCAGGAUGAUGUCUUCGUCAGGCGGUACGAUAGCAGCUUCUACGAAUACAAGCCCUGGGAGCAUGUCAGCGACUAUCACCAUCCCGAGAAGAUGCAACACUUCUUCGAGCUCUGGCAGCAACACCCGUUCGGCGAUGACCAGAUGUGGACCGUUAUGUACGAUUUGCAUGAGGAGUAUGCCGUUGGUCUGGUGCGUCUCUUCUACUACGCCAAGAACUGGGAGACCUUCCAGCACGUCGUCUUCUGGGCCCGCCAGCAUGUGAACAAACAGCUCUUUGUCUAUGCCUUCACCAUCGCCAGCCUGUUCCGCGACGAUAUGCAAGGCAUUGUCUUCCCGGCCCAUUACGAGAUCCAUCCCUGGAGCUUCUUUGACAGCGAGACCCUGGAGAUGGCCGAGCACUACAAGAUGCACGGCUUCCAUCACGUCAAGCAGCUGAACAAUGUCUACAACGUGGUGCUCAAGUCCAACUACACGAACGUCUACGGCAACAUGAACGACGAGCACAGUCUGGCCUACUUCCUGGAGGACAUUGGCUUCAACAGCUUCUACUACUACUUCAACUUGGACUACCCCUACUGGACGAAGGGCGACGAUGUGCAUGUCCUCAACAAGGACCGUCGUGGCGAACUCUACCUCUAUGUGCACUGGCAGCUGUUGGCCCGCUACUACCUGGAGCGUCUGUCCAACGACAUGGGCGAGGUGCCCACCUUCAACAUGUACGAGCCCGUCCACUCCGGCUUCUACAGCGGCCUGCGCGACUACAACGGCGUUCCGUAUCCCAGCCGUCCCAACUACUACAGCUUCUACACGCCCGAGAAUCUCGAGUAUGUGAAGAAUGUGGAGCUGUACUCUCAGCGCAUCAUGGACUGGAUUCACAAGAACGACAAAUACGACGUCGAGAUUGUCAACAUGCUCGGCAACAUUCUGCAGGGCAACGCUGACAGCAUCGACAAGCAGUUCUACGGCAGCCUGGACAAGUGGUUCCGCUACAUCGUGAACGAGGGACAUCCGUACAACCAGUACCACGAGACCUACCCCGGCACCUUCAUGCACUACGACACAUCCAUGCGCGACCCUCUCUUCUACGAGGUGUACAAGAACCUGCUCAGCCACUACUGGCAUCUGAUGGAUACCUUCCCCGAGUACACCAAGGUCGACUAUGGCUUCGAGGGUGUCAAGAUCGAUGAUGUGCACAUGCCCGAGAGCCUGACCACCUACUUCGAGUACUUCGAUGCCGACAUUAGCAAUGCCGUGAACGUUGAGCACUCCGCCAUACCCAUGGGCGAUGCCCACCACAACGUUGGCCGCAACUCCUACUACAAUGGCAGCGGCUUUGUGAUCAAGGCCCGCCAGCACCGUCUCAACCACAAGCCCUUCGAGUUCACCCUGGAUGUCAGCUCGGACAAGGCCCAGGCUGCCGUUGUCAAGGUAUUCAUUGGACCCAAGUACGACGAGUACGGCAAUGUCAUCCCAUUGGAGCACAACUAUCAGAACUUCUUCGAGCUGGAGCACUUCAAGGUGCAACUGGAUGCGGGCGUCAAUCACAUCAAGCGCGCCAGCGGCGACUUCAGUUUCUGGGUGAACGAUCGCACCACCUACUUCGAGCUCUACCAGAAGCUGAUGGAUGCCACCAACAGUGACUACAAAUUCAAGCUGGAUCAAGCCGAGUCCCACUGCGGCGUGCCCAAUCGCAUGAUGUUGCCCAAGGGCAAGAAGGGCGGCCAGGUCUAUCAGUUCUUCUACAUGGUCUAUCCCUACCAUGAGCCCGCUGUGGCCCAAUACACCGGCUACGACCCCAUUGUCAGCUGCGGCAUUGGCCAUGGCUCCCGCUAUGUGGACGCUCUGCCCUUCGGCUUCCCCUUCAACCGGCCCAUCAAGCACGACUACUACUUCAUGGUGGACAACUUCAAGUUCUUCGACGUGAAGAUCUUCCAUCGUGACGAGCACACCAAUGUGGCCUAAGGCACAACGAACUCAGACUCUGAUUUAACACUAAACUCCAAUUGAAACUCCCAGCUCUUGCUUCACUCACACUAGCCACCAUAGAUCAUGUUCAAUCCGACUUAAUAAUGUUAUCUUACUUACCGACAAUCAAUAAGCAAUAAACGAACUUAAG